AUGGCCACUCCCGAAGCAACAACCGCUGCGCCCAACAGCACAGCGCUGCCGGCCGAAGUUUCUACUGUUGUUCCAGACAGUGCAGAGACGAAGCCUGCUACAGAAACUCCUGCCACCGAAACACCUGCCCCGACGGAGUCCGCCCCUCCCGCCACAGAAACUCCGGUCGUGGCCGAGAAAGCCGCAGAUGUCGACGUCCCCGUGGAAAAGAAGACCACUCCAAUCGAGGAGCUUUGGGCCCUCGCACAGGCUCACGGUCACCCCGAGAUUUGGGGAGUUACCCUUGCAGACCCGGCGACCCACGUCCCGACCCAGGUGAUCUUGCAGAAGUAUCUGAAUGCCUAUGACGGAGAUCUUGCAAAAUCCAAGGACACCCUCACCAAGACCCUGGACUGGAGAGCCAAGAUGAAACCGGUCGAACUGCUCAAGAAGAAAUUCAACCGAAACAAGUUCGCCGGGCUGGGGUACACUACCGUCUACGGUGAUGCCGAUCCGACAGCCGAUCCUGAGACUAGGGAGGUGUUCACUUGGAAUAUAUACGGAAGCGUGAAGAAUCUGGAUGAGACAUUCGGAAACCUGGCAGAAUUUAUCGAAUGGCGAGUUGCCCUAAUGGAGGACGCACUCCAAGCACUCGGAAUCGACAAGGCCACCAAACCCAUCACCGCAACCUACGACCCAUACAAGAUCCUUCAGGUGCACGAUUACAAGUCGAUCAGCUUCCUUCGCCAGUCUGCCGUUGUGAAGGCUGCCAGCACCGAGACGAUCAAGAUCUUCGCGCAAAACUACCCCGAGUUGCUCAAAGAAAAGUUCUUUGUGAAUGUUCCUGCAUUCAUGGGAUUUAUCUACACGUUCAUGAAACUGUUCGUGGCCGCAAAGACCAUCAAGAAGUUCCACCCCAUGAGCAAUGGCGCCAAUCUCGCCCGCGAGAUGGUGACGAGCAGCAAGGUGAAAGGAUUGGGAGAGAUGCUGCCGGAAGAAUACGGUGGGAAAGGCGAAGCUCUCAAUUCUGCCGGAAGACAGCCGUCACUCGAGGAUGAGCCCGCAGCGCAGUGA